AUGGGCGAGACGGCAUCCCCAAGUAGUGGCGAGAGUCGGCAAUGGGUGAUCAAGGUCGCUUCGUGGCCACUGUUCGGCGUGUGUACCGUCCUAGUCGGACUGCGGAUCUGGAUUCGUGUCCGUAUCAUUCGACCUCUAGGCUGGGACGAUGGGUUUAUUGUGCUGGCUAUGGCCAGCGCGACUGCCGAAAGCAUUCUGACGACCCUCAGUGUGCAUUAUGGCACCGGACGACAUACCGUGGAUCUCACUGAUACACAGCGCAUCCUGUCCGCCAAGUUUAACUGGAUGUCGCAGGGAUUCCAUGUCUUUUCGACGAACUGGGGUAAAAUAUCUGUUGCGCUGUUUCUGCUACGGAUUAUGCGGAAGGUCAAGCAUCACCAAAUCGCCAUCUAUGGGAGCAUCAGUCUCCUCACCAUCAUCAAUAUGGUAUCUAUAUACACCAUGUACGGCCAGUGUACACCCGCCCGGAGACUUUGGGAUUAUACUGUUGAAGGGUCGUGCUGGCCGCCGACAGUGCAGAAGAACUAUGCUUUCUUCCAAGGAUCGGCCUCCGCGUUCUCGGACUUCUUGCUCGCCAUCUAUCCGCUAAGGACCAUUGCCGGGCUGCAGAUGGCCCGUAAAAUCAAGAUUGGGUUGAGUUGCGUGCUUUCGCUGGGAAUCAUCGCCAUGGCUGCUGCGAUCGUCAAGACCAUCAACCUCGCCUCUCUGACCGAACGAGCCGAUUUUCCGUGGGACACGGUGGAACUUGCCAUAUGGACAGCCAUCGAACAAUACCUAAUUAUUCUCGCCGCAUGCAUCCCUACCAUGACCCCCUUAUUCAACAUUUUGAUACACAAAUGCUCUUCUAAAAGAAACACUACUCACGCCAGAACUCACCCCGGUAGCCAGUAUGGGCGCGGCCACGCAUAUGGACAGUUUGGUGGUCGUAGUCUGGAUUACGCCCUCGGUACAUACGGGGAUGCUUGGGCUACCGCGCGGAGAGACAAGGGUGAUGGUGAUAGCGUGGACCCUAUCAUGGACGAGGAGGCGGGCCGUGGGAUAAUGAAGACGACAGAGAUCCAUAUCCAGUCUGACGUGGAUGCCACUCAGCCGGGAUCGUAG